AUGUCUGAGCGAUUCGCCCCGAAGGUACCGGUCCAGCUGGAUCCUCCCAAAGAUGACCCCAUAACCGUGGAGGAAUUGUCCAAGUGUGAUGGCACGGAUCCAAGCCGCCCGACGCUGGUGGCCAUCAAGGGCAUUGUCUUCGACGUGUCCAAGAAUCCCGCCUACAGCCCCAGCGGCCAGUAUCAUGUGUUCGCUGGAAAAGACCCCUCUCGUGCUCUCGCCUGUUCGUCGCUCAAGCCCGAAAACUGCGUCCCCGAUUGGUAUGACCUGGAUGACAAGGAGAAGACCGUGCUUGAUGAAUGGUUCACCUUCUUCAGUAAGAGAUAUAAUAUCGUUGGAAAGGUGAAGGAUGCUACGAACUAUUAG